UUGGAACCGGCCCGCGACUCUGGGCGACCUGUUUCCUGCGUCACCGAGAUGGGGAUUCACCGAAGGGCAGGCGCAUGCGCAUCCAGCGCCGGCUCUUCUCAGCCUGCAGAGGGCCACGAAUGGUUACUUCAGGAGAGGGGGCAGCGGCUCCAGACAGUGCCCCCUCAAGAGCCAGGAGGAGCAAUUGCAGCUUUCAACCUUCCCAAGCUCCAGGAGGUGCCUUUGGGGUCAGAGGCACCCAGUGCUGAGCCCCGCUUGCCAGGUGCAUGUCCCCCUGCCCCGCUUGGCUCCUCUCCCUGGCAGGCGACUGAGGAGGCGGCUCCAUCUCUCUCUCUCUCUGCGCCCCCGGGGCCCAGCUCCCCCGGGUGGCCAGGGGCCGAGGCUGGGCACAGCUGCAGGAUGAAGGCAAGCCGGAAGGAGUUGGAAGAGCAGCAGCGGGAACGCCUGGCUCAGGAGGCAAAAGCUGAGAAACAGAACAAGCAGAAGGAGCGCGAGCUGGUGCUGCAGAGAAUCGCUGAUGACCGGAGAAGCUUCCAGGCAAAGACCCAGUGGGCCCAGAUGCCGGACCCCCCGGCUGCCCAGUGCCACAGGCUGGAGGGCAGAGCUCAGCUGGCGAGUGACGGGCAGUGCCUGCUGAUGAUCCGCUUGCCCUCGGGCCAGUGCCUGCGGGAGCGUUUCCGAGCUGACUGCCCUCUGCAGCACGUCACGCAGCGCCUCUCGACUCUGCACCCUGACCUGCCGCCGUUCACGCUCCUUCAGGGCUUUCCCAAGCGCCGCUUCGGCCCGGCCGAGCUGCCCUGCAGUCUGCAGGCUCUGGGCCUGACCCCCAGCGCCACCCUGUGCGUCCUGGCCACCGAGCCACUCCCGUCAGGCGCCUGUGCCCUGGCAGCCCCUCAGGCCAGAGAUGGACCCCUGCAGCCCCCUGGGCCUCAGGCGUUGCCCGUGGAGGAGCACACCUGGGGCAGGGGUGAGAUCCUGAGCCUCGUGCCGGAAGAGGCCAUGGCCGAAGGGAUGUUCCCAGAGGCCAAGGAGCUUCGGCUGGCGCUGAGCUCCCCUGCGCGCAGGGUGGUGCUAGGGAAACCCGGCGUCCAUGGCCUUUGGGAGUCGACCUCCCCAUCGCACCAUCACUGGGGCCAAGGACAACGGCUGACACUAGGAAAUCCAGAGCAAGAGCCUGAAGCACCCACUGUGUGCAGCCUGCUGGAUGAGGAGCUGUCCCCCCGAGGCUCAGGGCCGGCUCCUUUGCUGCCAUCUCCAAGCCGGGGCCCGAUGGAGCCACAGCACCAGUGGCCGGCAGAGGGCAACAGGCUCAGGGCUGCAGAUGAUGGGCGUGGUGUGGGCCCCUCGGACCUGCCGGGCGCCGUGGCCCAGGCAGCGGAGCAGCGUUUCCACAAUGCCUUGCGGGGCCAAGAGGAGCCAGCCCCACCCCCAGGGCACAAGAACCCCCCCCGCCUCUCUCACGUGCCUUCGCUCUUCCAAAUGGCCCUGCAGGCGGCCAUGACCCUCCUGACAGCACCCCGAAAGCAGUACUGCAGCAGCCUGGCCUCCCUGCCGCCCCCGCUGGCUGAGCGCAUCCUGGCCUACAUGAUCCACCACCGGCUGCUGCGCCCCAAGACCCUGGAGCUCUUCUUUGGCUGCCAUAUACAGACCCUGGUUCUCAACUGUUACGCCUACGCCACCAAUGAGCUGCUGCGGCAGCUGCGGGCCUUCCAGAGCCUCCGGCACCUCAGCCUGGUGUCCUGCUCCCUGCUCACCGACCAGGGGCUGUCCGUGGUGAGACACCUGCAGAGACUUCAGCACCUCAACCUCUCAGCCUGUGUCAAGCUCACCGACGCCUGCCUGCACUUUAUUAAAGGGCUCCCACACCUCUCGCACCUGGCUCUGGACCAGACGAAAAUCAGCGAUUGCGGCAUGGUGGAUUACCUGCACUCGGCUCCCUCCGCGCUCAGCCACCUGAGCCUCAACAGGACAGUGAUCACAGAGCGCACACUGCGCCUGCUGCCCCAGUACGCGCCCAGCCUGGUGCUGCUCAGCCUCAAGCAGACCGAGAUCUCGGAUUUCUCUGCCCUGCAGCAGCUGAGCCACCUGCACACGCUGCACCUGGACGACACCCGCGUGAGCCAAGCCUCCCUGGCGGCCCUGGCCUCCCACCCUGCCCUCUCCACGCUCACCCUGUCUGGAGUGCAGUCUGUGGAUGGCGACCGGGCGCUACAGCUGGUCUCAGGCCUGCCACUGGCCCAGCUGAGCCUGCCGAGCCGGCACACAGUCACUGACUCUGGCCUGCAGUUCCUGUGCCACCUGGAGGGGCUGCUGGAGCUAGACCUGACCGAUUUCACCCACAUCACUGACGAGGGGCUGCGCCAUCUGCCCCAGCUGCACAGGCUGCGGCGGCUCUCCCUCUGCAACACUCCAGUGAGUGACUCCGGGCUGCAGCACCUGCAGGGCCUGCAGCACCUGGAGGAGCUGUGCCUGGACCGCACCGCUGUCUCCAGCGCAGGAGUGGCCUGCUGCAUCACCCAGCUGCCCCUCCUGCAGGUGCUGGGCCUGGCGAGCACGCCCGUGGGAGACAGCGUGGUGAGGCUGGGUAUCAGCCGCUGCAAACAGCUUCACAAGGUGAACCUGAGCCGGACACGUGUCACCGACCGAGGGCUGCGUUACCUCCGCCAAGUGCCCAUCGCUCAGGUGAACCUGGAUGGCUCCGGGGUGACGGCAGCGGGUGUGGCCAGCCUCCUGGCUGCCUGCCCCAGCAUCGUCAGCAUCCGGGCCAGCCACCUGCAGGCGUCGUCCCCCGAGCAGCUGUCGGACGAGGAGCUCCCUAGUUAGCCCUGGCGGCUCCUCCCCAUCGCAGCCCCCAGGGCCGGCCUCCCUGCUCUGCGGGGCUCAGCAUCCCAGCCUGGCGGGGCGGUGGAGACAGGCUCCUCCCACAGCCCCCUGGGCGCGCAAUGUCCUGCCGCAGGCGGGGGGGCCAGUUUGGGGGUGCUGAAUAAAGCAGGAUCCUCUGGCUGAAUUCUCCUGUGCCUG